CUUGCUUGGAUAAUGUUAUCAGAUUGGGCAUUAAAACAACUAGAAAAAAUGAGAUUUGAUUAUCUAAAAUUAACUUGUGAGGAGAAUGGAAUUUGUUAUGGUGUACUAGCAGUACAUCGUAUAUGCUUUGCACUUUCAUUGUUCCAUUUUAUUUUAGGACUUCUAGUCAUCAAAGUUAAUGAUACUCGCGAUAAGCGUGCUGCCAUCCAAAACGGCUUGUUUAUUAUAGUUGGUUUGAUACUUUUAGUUGACUUUGCACAUACAUGGAGUGAAGCUUGCAUUGAGAGAUUUGAAGAAACCGAGGACAAUAAAUGGAAAUAUAUUCUUGUUGGAUCCACAAUUUCUUUGUUUUGUUUUGCGAUUAUUCUUACUGGUAUCAUGUAUGGUUACUUUGCAGGAAGUGAAUGUCGUCUCAAUCAAUUCUUUAUCACAUUCAAUCUCAUACUAUGUGUUAUCGGGACAGUCGCAUGCAUUCAUCCUAACGUUCAAUACGCAAACCCCCGUUCUGGACUUUCACAGGCUUCAAUUGUUGUUGUUUAUUGUACAUAUUUAAUCACAAGCGCGGUGGCGAAUGAACCGGGCGAGUGCAAUCCGUUGACAAAAAGCAGUGGAACUCGUACAACCACUAUCGUUAUAGGGGCAAUAUUUACCUUCCUGGCGAUUGCAUAUUCGACGACACGAGCCGCUAGUCAAGGCAAGGCAUUAAUAACUAAAUCGGAUUAUCAUCCUUUAAAUACUGCAACAGCAGUGCCUUUGAUGACUAACCAGCCAAACGGAUUCAAUCCCAACAUGCGAUCUGAUUCGGUGUUGGCUGCUUCUGUUGAAAGUGGUGCAAUGCCUGCUUCAGCACUAGAUGAAGACGACGACGAUGAUUAUGGCCGUGACGACGAAAGAAGUGGUGUCGCCUAUAGUUAUGUAUUUUUCCAUCUCAUCUUCGCUAUCGCGUCUAUGUAUGUUGCGAUGCUUCUUACAAAUUGGAAUAACGUUUCUACGGAGGACAACGACAAUGGUGAACUCGUUAAAAUUGGACAAACGUUUAUUGCCGUAUGGGUCAAGGUCAUUUCAAGCUGGGCUUGCUUCUUAUUAUACACAUGGUCAUUGAUUGGACCAGUGCUGAUGCCCGAUCGAUUUGAGGUAAUUGUAUAG